AUGGAUCCAUACCGGUACAAAGCCCUUCACCCGGGCGAGAUCCGGUUGCUUCGGCUCCACCCGGCGCCGGACCCGGACCAGGACCUGACCGGCUCAAUCGUUCACCACAAGCUGUCGAACCCAACAUACUGCGAGCACCCCGACGGGCCGUAUCUCCAACACGAUCUGGCAUAUGAGGCAGUCUCAUAUCACUGGGGCAGCAAUACCAAGACGCCCUUCAAACUGCUUGUCCGAGACGAAGGCGCCGAUGUCGAUAGCCCGGCGACCAUCGUCCCGCUCACGGCCGCGCUGCACACUCUCCUCCGCCAACUGGCUUAUUCGGACAACGACCGAGUAGUCUGGGUAGAUGCCAUCUGCAUCAACCAGGUCCUAAGCACCACCAACGUCGAAAAGGGCGAGCAAAUCCGUCUCAUGCCAGACAUCUACCGCAUCGCAUCUCGCGUGCUCGUGUACCUCGGCCCAGCCGCCGACAACAGCGACCUCGCCAUCGACUUCCUCCAAGAGAUAUCAAAAUACUACAAAUACCUCGACGAGCUCCUCCCCAGCGCCAGCUUCGAGGCAGCGCUGGCCGCCGGCUUCGUCAUGCCGCCCAAGAACGCGCCCGAGUGGGCGGCCCUGCGCGCCUUCUGGCGCAGGGCCUGGUUCCGUCGCGUCUGGGUGAUCCAGGAGUUCGUCAACGCCACCGAGAUCGUCGUGCUGUGCGGGCCCCGCGAGGUCGACUGGCGGAAGCUCUUCCUCGCGGCCAGCGCCUACGUCGACAACAUCCGCCUCGCGCACAACGGGUACCAGUCCAACUGGCUCGUCCCGCUGCGGCAGCUGCCGUGGUACCAGAACUGGAGGCUCGGUCAGUGGCGGGAGGCGCACGAAGGCGCGCGGUCGAUGUUUACGAUUGCGGACUUCCGUCUGAGGCGGGACGGGUACAUGUCGCCGGCGUACAUGUACAUCAACAUGACGGAGCGCGACGAGAAUGACCGGUGGGAGCAGCCGAUUCCGUUCAAGAAGGGUUUCGAAGCCAUUUGCUACUUCCAGAGGCUCGUGAGGCCGAGAAUGUUGCAGGAUAGGGCGGACGGGAUCGCGUUUCCGCACGGCAAGAAGGGGAUGUUGGAACUACUUCUCACGACGGAGAACUUCUUGGCGACGCACCCCGUUGAUCGCAUUUACGCACUGCUGGGGAUGGCUGGGGAUGUGGACGGUGAUGAUUUUGCGCCGAUCUACUCCAAAGAGCAGACGGUGGCGACGGUGAGCAAGAGAUUCGCUUUGGGGUUGCUGAAAAGGGGUCAGGGGGCGCAGGUCCUCUCACGCUCGGGGCUGCGGCCGAAGACGACUGCCGGAAACGAUGAGAGUCAGGAUGAAAGACCGUCGUGGGUGCCGAAUUGGACGGAUGUCGUAUAUGCUCAGGACAAGUGGUCGGGAUUCACCAUGCUCGUUGGCGAUCGGUCAGAGGAUGGAGCCGGAUCAGGUGCCGAUGCUACGGCAACAGCAGCAUCACCGACGGCCGAGACAGCUUCAUCGCCGACAAACGGCGAAGGCGCUCCAAAGAAGGACGACAAGUUCCGAAUGUACACCGCCUCUGGCGAUACGGAUUUCUCUUACCGCCUCGACGAGCGCCAGAACGUGCUCUACGUCAAGGGCAUCGCCGUCGACGUGGUGGCCGCAAUCAUACCCGGCAAGCUCCUAAUGGGCACAUUCAUGCAAGACUUCUUGAUAAAGUCUACGUUCAAGCACACGGGGAAAGGCUACCCGACCGGCGAACCGAUCGACGAGGUCAUCUGGCGCACCCACAUCGCCAACCGCACGCUCAUGGGCGAGAUGCCAGAUGAAAAGCAUCGCGACCUCUACGAGAUCGUGAAAGCUCGAGACUAUCAGAUGUUCCAAUUCGCAACGUUUAUUGCCGUCGCGGCCUGCAUCAUCGCGACGCCUCUGGUUCUGGUCAUCGUACGACGGGUACCGUUUUACUUCGAAUCUGCCAUUCUGGGAGCAUUGUGGCAUAAAGAAUACUUGCCGCUGCGCGCCGCUGGUGUGCUCCUGUUCCUCGCUCCUCUGCUGAAGAAUCUACACUGGGUGUAUGCCAUACCUCUCCUGCUAUACAUGGCAUAUCUCGGGGCCACUCAGGUCUGGGCUACUGGCGUUUUGCUGCUCGUGUCAAAGCUGGGCGUUGUCUCCUCCGCGGUCCCGGGGCUACUUCCGCCGGAAUGCAUGUUGUAUACGGACGCGAUGGCCAGGUUCAUGAACAAGUGCAACCUUGCGGUGACCAAUGCUGGACUGGUUGGGCUGCUCCCGCUGGCGACGCAAGUGGGUGACGCAAUUGCCAUCGUACAUGGAUGUGAUGCGCCCUUCGUGUUGAGAAUUGGUGAGAAUGGAUUGUGGAGGGUCGUCGGCGAGUGCUACGUCCACGGCAUCAUGGACGGUGCAUUGGCAGACUCGGCUGCUGAGGAAGUCGGGUUGUAUUGA